AUGCAAGAAGAUCAUUUGCGUAAGGGCCAGGAAGUGCCCUUUCAUUGGUCUGUGCUAGCUGGAUGCGCAUCGGGACUCAGCGCACGUUUCGUAACAGCUCCAUUAGAUACCGUAAAGAUACGAUUCCAGCUGCAUUUAGCCAACGAAGCAUCACAAGGAGGAAUUUUCUCCGUCGUACGAUCAAUUGUUCGUCAAGAAGGCAUGCGUGCAUUGUGGAAGGGAAAUGUCCCUGCAGCUGCCAUGUAUAUAUUGUACGGCUCAACGCAGUUCGGUGCGUUUUCGACGUUCAACAAAGCCCUUGCUGACAACCAAUGGCCUGCCCAAAUUCAUAGCUGUGUUGUGGGGGCUCUGGCUGGUAGUUGCAGCGCAAUGACGUCCUAUCCGUUUGAUGUUCUAAGAACACGCUUCGUGGCUAACCACGACAAGGCGUUGGCUACGAUGCUUGGAACAACGCGCAGCAUUUUGCGGCAUGAAGGUUUUCGAGGGUUUUUCCGAGGUGUUUCUUCCUCAAUAGUGUCAAUCGGCAUUGCAUCCUCCUCGAUGUUUGCAACUUACGAAAGCAUCAAGAUUUUUUGCGAGCAAAGUCCAUCUAAAGACUCAAUGCCCAUUAAGGUUUUGGAGUCCUCUGCAAGCGUUUUAGCGGGCUUGUUUUCCAAAACACUCGUUUUCCCCAUCGACACGAUACGAAAAAGGUUUCAAGUCGUGAAUUCUCAGCAACUCGACUAUCUAAGUCAACACAACGAAGCAUACAGCGCCUACAAGAGCACAAAUUUCACUCAAUUGGCACGCAGAGUGGUUCAGAAAGAAGGUUUUCUGGCUCUAUAUCGGGGUUUUACUCUAUCUCUCGUGAAGAGCAUCCCAAGCACAGUAGUCAGUAUUGGUGUCUACGAGUGGACUUUACGACAAAUGCGGUAG